AUGGCGCCUUUACUGGGGCCUUGGGGCAAAUAUGAGGCUGUAAAUGAAUCCAACAGCCUCAGAACCCACCGGAAAAACAUUCUAUAUGUCGACGCAUAUGACUCGUUUUCUUACAACGUCGUUGCGAUGCUCGAGGAGGUCCUUGACGUAAAAGUCACCGUCAUGAUGAUCGACUCCGAAUGGCCAGACGGCAACAUGGUCCAGUUUCUACAGCACUACGAAGCUGUCGUUCUGGGUCCGGGACCAGGGGACCCAAAUAUUUCCCAGGAUAUCGGCAUCAUGAAGGAUAUUUGGGACCUAGGCGAUGCGGAUUUACUCCCGGUUUUUGGUAUCUGCUUGGGCUUCCAGACGUUAUGCCUUCGCCAGGGUAUCAGUAUCGGGCGGUUGCCGUAUCCCCUUCAUGGGCAAGUUCACCGGAUCUCCACGACUCAGAAAGAUAUAUUCGAGAACAUCCCAGAUGUCGAAGUCACUCUCUACCAUUCCCUGUACGCCAAACUGGAUGAGCCAGCGAGUGGCAUCUCGGGAAAGAGUCUAAACGGCGAGCUUCAUGACAAGUUUGAUCUUGAUAUCUUGGCCUGGCUUUCCUUAGGCCAAGGAGAUCAAUUCCAAAGAUGGGAGAUUCCCAUGGCGGUCCGUCACACACGAAAGCCGUUCUGGGGUGUUCAGUUCCACCCGGAGUCAUGCAAAUCAAACCGGGAGGCAUGCACCGAGAUUCUGAGAAGAUGGUGGGAGCUGUCCCUCGUAUACAACAAGAUAAAUGGCCGCGGCGGGUAUGGUUGCCUACCCGACGAUAUCAUACAUCAAUCGAGUGGCAUGGCCUCGCUUCCUGGUAUUGCAUACACGAUGUUGAACUGGAGCUCGUCGACAUCGAAUAAAUCUGCCUUCCGGACGAUCCCAGUACAUAAAUUGAGUGCAGAAGAUAUCUGUGAGAAGCUCAAUGUUCCGGGGUCGCCAACCGUGUUGUUUCAGUCAAAUGGAAGAUACAGCGUCAUCUCUGCGCCGAGUCCCAGUGCCUGGAGGUUGGAGUAUUACACGCAGUCUGAGAAGCUUCUUUUGGAAAAGCUUUCGACUCAGAUGAACGCCAAAUCAACCCAGGAUGCAGUUGCUGGAAAGCACUUAUCAGUAUCUGAGCUCUGGGAUGUCUUGAGAUAUGUGAUGGAUAUGAAACAUGUCGUGACGGGAGAUUCUACGACACCUUUUUGGGGAGGCUUCUUGGGUUAUUUCUCCUAUGAAUUGGGGCUGGCAUGCUUGAACCGACCGAAAACGCACAACGAUAGUUACCACCAUCCCUCGGGGAAUCACGCUUCUAUGGAGAAUCCGGCAGAUGUGAGUCUGUUGUGGACGGAAAGAAGCGUCGUCCUUGAUAAUGAGACCGGGAACAUCACGAUACAAUCCACGAGGAAAGAUGAUGACUUGCCGGGCGGUUGGCUUGACGAAACCCAUCGGUCAUUGGUCUCGUCCCAUCAAUCUGCGGACGAGAUGCACGUCAGUGCAGAUUCAGAGUUUUUGGAUCCGAUCCUUAAACGCGGCGUGAUCCAGUUUCCUGAUGAGGAAACCUACCUAGAACAAGUCAAGGCUUGUCAGACGGAACUCAAAGCUGGGGAGUCAUACGAACUCUGCCUCACCUGUGAGACUUCCAUCACACUUCCCUCUUCAGGUUCUCCAGACAGCCGGCUCUACUUCCCUUGGGAGUUGUACAAACGUCUGCGUCAGUACAAUCCGGCGGCCUUCAGUGCCUAUGCAAAGCUUGGUAAUAUGAAGGUCGUCAGCAGCAGCCCUGAAUGCUUCCUCAACUGGGACCGCUCCUCCACGCUAGAAAUGAAGCCGAUGAAGGGCACUGUCCGAAAGUCCGAUACCAUGACGCUGGAGAAGGCGAAGGAAAUUCUCGGGACGACAAAAGAGAUGGCUGAAAAUCUGAUGAUCGCAGAUUUGAUCAGACAUGAUCUAUACGGUAUAUGUGGCUCCGGCGGCGUUCAUGUGGAAAAGCUACUAGAGGUCGAAGAUCAUGGGCGGGUCUAUCAGAUGAUCACCCAUGUGAAAGGGAACAUUGACCGCAGUCGACCUGGCUUCGCGGUGCGAGGCAUGCCACAACUUCAUCAGUCAUCGAAUAUGUCUGUAUACGGACUUACGGCUCUCCAACGAUGUCUUCCACCGGGUUCGAUGACUGGCGCGCCCAAGGAGCGGUCAUGCAUGCACCUAAGCACCAUUGAGGCUCGCAAUCGGGGAGUUUACUCUGGCGUCAUGGGAUUUCUCGAUCUUGGAGGUGGCGGAAGCUUUUCGGUACUCAUCCGGACUGCCUUCUCCAGCUCCGAUGACCAAAGCACUGAGGAACAGAAGUGGCGGAUCGGUGCUGGAGGAGCUGUGACCAUUCUGAGCACCGCCGAGGGCGAAUGGGACGAGAUGUUGACCAAGCUGAAAACAGUGUGUGUGCCUCUGUCUGAUAUUAUCCCGCUGCAUAUAUCCGGUCCUACUUUGAAGAAAUCUUCUUCCAUGGCAGGCACCCAGGAUGCACCGUUGGAGGAGAUUCUAUGGCGGUCGCCGUCCCACGUCCAGAUGAUGGGAGGCUUCCUCCACUCGAAUAACAUCCUGUUCUACUUCGCCGAAUCUCCCUUCUUCGAUGCGACCUCGAAUAAUGCCUCGCUCGCGAUUCAAGCGAACUACAACGAGACCUUCCGCCAUUUCGUGGAAACUCGGGAAGCUUUCGAAGGACGGUUGAAAACAAUGCAAGGCCUGGAGUUUGUGGUUUCAUAUGAUCCCCUUCAAGCUGCCGCGCAGUCGAACGGCCAGUUCGCGCAUGAGCCGUCCAACAUCUGGGUAAUCCACAAGCAGACACGGCGGAAGAGGCCCGGCCUCGAAGACGAGGUGGAAGUUCUGUCCACAUUCUUCGUCGUGGGGGACUGUAUCUACAUGGCUCCGUCUGUGGCGAGCGUUGUGGGCAACCGCAUUCUUUCGGCCGUCACCUCCCUCACAAACCUCAUGAAGACGGCAGCGUCACUGCCCAAUUUCACCCCUGCACAUGGACACACCUACAUGCCGCCCGUCUCCAAGUCCACAGACACCGCUCAACCCAGCGCGCAACCGAGCAAGGAGAACACGCCUAUGCCUGACGCCGACUCGACUAAGGCAUCUCUCGUCGGGGGUGCCCAGUCCACCAAUGCAGGUUCCGUAUUUCAGCAUACAAGGACACUCGCGGAAUCGUUCAGUUUGCUUACGCAGUACGGUGAUGAGUUCAUGGACGAAAACCCGCUGGUCGGAGAACCAGGUUCAUUCAUUAUGUCUCGAAACAAUGAAGGGGCGGCGUCUAAGCAACCGCCAGUGGGCACAACCCGCCCUGGGACUGUCCCUGUAAGAGCUGGGACCCCACAGGUCAAGGUGGACACACCAGGGAAGACGCCGGACAAAGGGCUCACGCCGGGGCCGGACGAGAAUAAACUGCGGAAGAAGAAAGGCAAGAGCGGAGUCUGA